AUGAGCUCCAGCUCUCCCUGCCCGGAGACUGAGACCAUCACCGUGCCGUACUCGAGCUCCAAGCCUUACGUGCCAUACUCGAGCUCCAAGCCCUACGUGCCAGAGGUCUCCAGCACCACCGAGGUCACCAUCACCUCGACUGUUGUCAUUCCUCCCAGCUCCACUCCUUACGUACCCAAGCCAUCCACCUACCCUGUGGUCCCUCCCGUCGUCACCUCGUCUGUACCUGUCCCGGAGGUUUCCACCUACCCAGUCGUCCCUCCCGUCAUCACUGAGUCUGUGCCCAUCCCAGCGGUUUCCACCUACCCUGUGGUCCCUCCUGUCGUCACCUCAUCUGUGCCCAUCCCUCCCGUUAUCACCGAGUCUUUCCCCAUCCCUGAGACUUCCACUCCCGUCGUCCCCGAGGCGUCUUCCUCCGGAUACGCCCCUCCCCCUCCUGUUAUCACUGAGUCUGUCCCCAUCCCCGAGACUUCCACUCCCGUCGUCCCCGAGGCGUCUUCCUCCGGAUACGCCCCUCCUCCUCCUGCUGAGGAGACUACCACUGUCGUUGUUCCCCCUGCGUCCUCCCACGCGUCCACACCCGUCGGUACCGCCUCAUCAUCCACUGGACACGCCUCAUCCGCUACCUCCCCCGGCUACCCUGAGUACACUGGCGCUGCUAGCUCCACCAAGCCCCUCGCUGCCUUCAUGGCCGGUGCUGCCGCUCUCGCUUACUUCGUCUAA